AUGAGAGUUGUGUCCAGUUUUGUACCAGAUGAGAGAGUUGUGUCCUGUAAUGUACCGGAUAUGAGAGUUGUGUCAAGUUUUGUACCAGAUGUGAGAGUUGUGUCCAGUACUGUACCGGAUAUGAGAGUUUCGAUCAGUAAUGUAUCGGAUAUGAGAGUUGUGUCCAGUUUUGUACCAGAUGUGAGAGUUGUGUCCAGUACUGUACCUGAUAUGCGAGUUUCGAUCAGUACUGUACAGGAUAUGAGAGCUGUCACCAGUAAUGUAUCGGACAUGAGAGUUGUGUCCAGUUCUGCACCAGAUGUGAGAGUUGUGUCCAGUACUGUACCGGCUAUGAAAGUUGUCACCAGUAAUGUAUCGGAUAUGAGAGUUGCGCCCAGUACUGUAUCAGAUGUGAGAGUUGUGUCCAGUACUGUACCUGAUAUGAGAGUUGUGUCCAGUACUGUAUCAGAUGUGAGAGUUGUGUCCAGUACUGUACCUGAUAUGAGAGUUGUGGCCAGUACUGCACCAGAUAUGAGAGUUUCAAUCAGUACUGUACCGGAUAUGAGAGUUUCGAUCAGUACUGUACCGGAUACGAGACUUUCGAUCAGUACUGUACCGGACAUUAGAGUCUCGAUCAGUACUGUACCGGAUAUGAGAAUUUCGAUCAGUACUGUACCGGAUAUUAGAGUUUCGAUCAGUACUGAACCGGAUAUGAGAGUUGUGUCCAGUUUUGUACCAGAUGCGAGAGUUGUGUCCUGUUAUGUACCGGAUAUGAGAGUUGUGACCAAUCCUGCACCAUAUAUGAGAGUUGUGUCCAGUGCUGUACCAUGUAUGCGAGUUUCGAUCAGUACUGUACAUGAUAUGAAAGUUGUCACCAGUAAUGUUUCGGAUAUGAGAGUUGUCACCAAUCCUGCACCAUAUAUGAGAGUUGUGUCCUGUAAUGUACCGGAUAUGAGAGUUGUGACCAAUCCUGCACCAUAUAUGAGAGUUGUGUCCAGUGCUGGACCAGAUAUUCGAGUUUCGAUCAGUACUGUACAUGAUAUGAAAGUUGUCACCAGUAAUGUUUCGGAUAUGAGAGUUGUCACCAGUACUGCACCAGAUAUGAGAGUUGUGUCCAGUACUGUACGGGAUAUGAGACUUGUCACCAGCACUGUACCGGAUAUGAGAGUUGUGGCCAGUACUGUACCUAAUAUGAGAGUUGUUGCCAGUACAGUACCAGGUAUGUUAACUAUGUCAGUAUUGUACCGGAUAUGA